AUGCACAUUGAUCGGUGCAAGACAGUAAAUGAGAUGCUCUGGUCGCUAUAUCUGAAGACUUUGCGCUCUAACGCUAUCAAUGAGCUCAACAAAGCGAUUGAACUUGGACUGAACACUCUCAAAGAAGUUUCUGGUGCUGGGAUGAGGCGCGCCGGAUGCCUCAGUGUGGUACUCGCCUCGACCAGCUGGAGCAGUCUAUGGAUCACCUCCUGGAUCUUAUGGGCACGCUCAGGACAUCUGCUCGCCUUUCGCCAUCAGCUCGCUCCAUCAGAUGGGCGCGACCUCGAUAAGUCAGUCACUCUGAGCCGGGAAGCUUUGCGACUAUGCCCUCCCAACCGAGCAGACUAUUGGGUGUACGUGGACCGCCUGGCGCUCGGAUUGCUUCUGCAGUACAACUGGACCGGAGAGAUAAGUCAUCUCGAAGAAUCUAUUCAACUCGGGCGUUCUACCAUCGAUUCAAUGCCAACUACCCACGCUCAGCGAUUCAUUCCCGCUCGCGGUCUGGCGCGUUCACUGAUGCUCCGCUUCAACGAGACAAGGCGGAUCUCUGAUCUCGAUGAAGCCAUCAAAUGGGAUCGUAGGGCCCUGGCGAGCAGUGGGACCUCACAUGUAUUCUAUCCAGAAAUUUCUGCUCAAGCUGUCUCCCGUCUUUGCAUGUUAUUUGACGCUCGGGGCUCAUUCGAGGCUUUGGAAGAAGCGAUUACCCUCAGCAACACCGUCCUGGACACGAUGGCUUCCGACAGUGUUCAACGCAGCGAUGUUAUCCUCGAGCUGUCAAAAGCGCUGUUGCGCCGCGGAAGACACCAAGGGAAUGUCGCGGACAUCGACCGCUCCAUCUCGAAGCUAGCACGUAUCAAGGAAGUAAUGCUCCAGCGAACAGGGGGUCCUGAGCUUCUGAGCACCCUCGCCGACUGUCAUAUCGUCAGAUUUCGCUUCAAUCGCAGCUUCAAAGACGCGAACGAUGCCUUGGAAACUAUGACUGGCUUAUUGGAUAAGCUGCCUCCUGGGCGUCCCGAGAGGUAUCAGUACCUCAUGAGUACAGCAGAACUCCACAUGGAGAUAGGAACACCUUACCGGAGUAUCCGGGUCGCACUCUCGCAUUUAGCCAGUGCUCUAUCCGACGAACACCGGGACGUUCGUUCUCGGAUUGAAGGAGCACGUCGCAUACUCGAUAUUGCUGUGUCGCAAUAUCAGGAUAUCGUCUCCUCUGAGGCCGCAGCAAGUCGCCAACUGCUGGACAUCUUUGCUCUUGCGGUGGGGCUUCUGCCCCGAGUAGCCUUCUUUGAUCUUCAUCUUCAUACCCGGCUCCAGUCGUUGGCUAUCGGCCAGAGCAUUGCUCUCACCAGCGCCUCUCACGCGGUCAACAUCGGCUUACCUCAGAAAGCAUUGGAGAUACUUGAGCAGGGUCGCGCGGUCUUCUGGACGCAUUCAUUACGCUUGCGCUCCCCCUUCGACGCAGCGCCCAAGGAGCUCCGAGAACGGUUGUCGAUCCUUGCCCGACAGCUGGAGAAAGUACACGACAAAUCGUCUACGGGCGAGAACCUGGGUGCUGUCGAAGCGGAGUUUGCUCGCAGAAGAGGUCAGAUAGAAGAAUUCAACGCACUGCUCAAUCAGGUUCGCAAACUACCUGGAAUGAAUAGAUUCCUGCUGCACGACGAGUAUACGACGCUGAGAAAGGCCUCCGAGAGAAGUCCGGUCGUAGUGCUGGUAUCCAGUGCGCUGGGGAGCCACGCUGUCCUUCUCAAGCAGGGGGGCGACUGUGUCAGCAUUCCUAUCGAGCAUCUUCCUGAUACCUGGCUCGCACAUUCCGGCACGGAGUGGCGUUCGAUCAUCGUAGAGGCCAGGGCAGAGAUGCGCGACUGCAGAAAGAUGGAAAAAUCAAAAAUCUCGAAAUCUCGAAGAGCGGGUGCCGAGGAGAUCUUGCGCACAUUAUGGAUUGAGGUGGUGAGACCGGUGAUCAAUGCUCUAGGGCUCGAACCCUCCGAAGGUCGAAACCGUCCUCGCAUAUGGUGGUGCCCUACUGGAAACUUUGCUCACUUACCGAUCCAUGCAGCCGGUGCUGGCAGAGAGCGGUGCUCAGAUUACGUCGUCUCCUCCUACAUACCGACCAUCGGGUCCCUUCUCGCUGCCAGGAACGCGUAUUCGCCCAUCCUCAAGGAUGACAUUCACGCGCUCGUCGCUGCAACGCCUCGGUCUAGCAUGUCGCAGUGGAGCGACCUCAUUCACACGCGCGCAGAGGCGAGAGCGAUCCGUGCCGUCUUACCAAGCGGAGCCAUAAUAGAGCUGCCUCCCGCAGACGACGCUUGCAUUGAGGGCGGAAACGGGAUCACGGCGGACACGCUGCUAAAGCUGCUGCCACAGACGAAUAUCCUGCACCUCGCUUGCCAUGGCCAUCAAGAUCUGGAGAAUCCGUUGCAGAGCGGAUUCAUUCUGCGCGACGAGAAACUCACGAUCGAACGACUGAUGCCUGUACCCCUCCCUCGCGCGUCCAUGGCAUUCUUGAGUGCUUGCGAAACAGCCAAAGGUGACUUCAAUCAGCCUGAUCAGGUGAUCCAUCUCGCCGCCGCCAUGUUCUUCGCGGGAUUCAAAAGCGUCAUCGCUACGCUCUGGUCCAUGGCGGACGCGGACGGGCCAGAGAUAGCUCGGUCUAUAUAUCAGAACAUAUUCAGCAGCGAAUCAGAUCACAUCGACCCCGACGAUAUCGCAUACGCCCUCGACGAGGCCAUCACGAAACUGCGGAUCGCGCAGCCUGAGCCUUUCAGAUGGGCACCGUAUGUACAUAUAGGGAUUUGA